AUGGCAGGAACCGCCAACGACUACCAGCAUGGCGCGCCAUUCUACCUCGACCCUACCCAGCAGGACCUCCUGCUCGCCGCCCUCGCCUCGAACAACACCAACCCCAACGACCUUUUCUCCACGGGCGCGAACCACAACCGCGCUGCGAGCAACUCCCAGUUCCAGUAUUCCACCGACACCGUCGACCCUACCUUCUUUACUUCCCCGCAGCAGACCACGCCUGGAAACACCUUCAGUACUGCGGGCAUAGAGGAGAGCCCAUUCGUGGACUACCUCGACGGAGACAGCUUUGAUUUCGAUAACGCGGACGACGAUCUCAUGAUCGGCGCGCUUCCCGGUAAGAACGGAGAAGAAUCAAAUGAGAAGCGCAAGAGCCCUGGCGACGACGACGAUGAUGAAGAUGAGGGCGGCGGUAAGCGCAGGGAAGGCGAAGACAAGCAGGCAAAGAAGGCGGCCCAGCGAGCCUUCCGAGAGAGGAAAGAGAAGCAUCUCAAAGAUCUCGAAACUAAGGUGCAGGAGCUCGAAAAGGCAUCUGAUGCUGCAAAUCACGAAAAUGGUUUGCUUCGUGGGCAAGUUCAAAGGCUGCAAAUGGAGCUCCGUGAAUACCGCAAGCGCUUGUCGCUAAACAGCACUGGUCUGAACCGCGCUGGUACCACACCUAUGGCCUCCGGGUUCAGCAGCAUGCUGAGUACUGGUAACAACAACAACUUCUCCUUCGAGUUCCCCAAGUUCGGUGGACUGCCAGGUGCUCAGCUGCUCGAUAACGGUCCCCUUUCUUCCAAGAACAAGAACGUAUCUGCAGCACCCAACGCUUCAGGUCGCAACAACAGCGUUGCGCAAGGUGUCAGUCCAGCUACCCAGGCCAACGGCUCCUGGACGAACUCGCCUGAUGCGAUUAGUGCAAGCCCUGUCACCAACGGCACCCAACGCAACAACAGUGUCAAUGGUUUCGCCGGCUACAACAACGCGGCGAACAAGAACACCAAUCGUGGAAGCAGCGAGAGUUCUUCUACUGUGCAAUCGCGCGUGUUCCAGUUUAACAGCGGCUCAUCCACACAUUCAGGUUCACCCGCGUCAUCCACUUCUCCAACUGGUGGACAAGACUCCUCUUGCGGGACAUCGCCUGAGCCAAGCCAUACUUCGCCUGGCCAGCCGAGGGAUAGCAUCGCGGAAGGCUACGUGUGUCAUGGCAACUCGGAAGGUGAGGUCCUAUUCUGCGAAAAACUCAACAUGGCCUGCGGCAACCCUCGUAACCCCGUGCCUCGUGCGAUGUCCAAAUCUGACGACAAACCACCUCCAGUCAUUACCGCCACAAAGUCUCCCACACCUCAACCGCAAGCCAACGGCCUCGAUUAUUUUGCGAACCAAAACGGCGGACAAUUCGACCCCACACUGUUCGGCGAGUACCGCGACACGACAAACGCGAUCGUGGGCGACGGUGAUUUCACUGGCGGCUUCUUUAACGAUGCUUUCCUGAACACCGGAUACGCUAGCCCGUUCCAUUUCGGCGACACGCCUGCCGUGCAAAAGUCUAACCCUCUGGAGGAGAUUGAGCGUAUUCAAGAUGGCGAGGACGAAGUUGUUCCCGGCGACGACAUCAACUCUAUGCUCAACUGCCACAAGAUCUGGGACAAGCUAUCGAGCCGGCCGGAUUUCAAGGACGGCACGAUUGAUAUCGACAAUCUGUGCUCCGAGCUUCGUGCAAAGGCACGCUGUUCCGAGAGCGGUGUUGUUGUUGAUCACAAGGACGUUGAGGCUGCGUUGAAGCGCUUGCCCAAGGACUCAAUACUGUCAUAA